AUCCCCCAAUGCGUCGGGAAUUAUUCUAUAUAAUUACCAGUUUCAAAACCGACCACCUUUAACCCCACACAAAAAAAAAACAAAAAACAAAAAACAAGAAACAAAGAAACAAACUGGGGACAGAGCAAAAUCAAACUAAGAUUGAAAGAUGAAAGGGGGCAAGUUUAUGAUCCUAGGAGUAUCCGGUAUCCUUGUCGUAGCGGUGCUCAUUGGUCUUAUUACUGGUAUAAACAACAAUAAGAAAUCAUCGUCCGAUUCUUCUGGUGAUGAUGUAUUGUCAACAACGUCCAAGGCUGUUGCCGCCAUUUGUUCCCCGACUGACUACAAACAAGAAUGCGUAAAUAGCCUUCAGUCAGUUGCCAACAAUCAAAGCGCCACCCCGAAAGACUUCAUGCAGGCAGCCAUCCAAUUCGCCAUCCAUGAGAUGAAAGCAGCAUUGGAUAACACUUCAAACAUUGGGAAAGCAGCCCCCGAUUCUUAUCACAAAAUGGCUUUUGAGGAUUGCCAAGAACUGUUGCAAGAUGCUAUCCAGGAGCUUCAAGCCUCCUUUUCAAUGGUGGGCGACAGCGAGUUGCACACUGUCAACGACAGAGAGGCUGAGCUCAAGAACUGGUUAAGCGCUGUGCUUUCAUACCAGCAAACAUGCAUGGAUGGAAUCGAAAAACCAGAUUUGAAGCAACAAGUGUCGGAUGGGCUUCUGAACGCCACACAGCUCACUGACAAUGCACUGGCCAUUGUUUCAGCCAUCUCUCAAAUUUUGACAGCAUUCAAUAUCCCAGUGAACACGAGUGCAAGCUCUAGACGUCUUAUGGAGGCAUCUGAAACCGAAGCUGAAGCUGAAGCUGAAGGAGGAGGGGGUUACCCUGAUUGGGUUUCAGCUGGAGACCGAAAGCUACUAGCAACCAACAAUGCGCAGUUGAAGCCUAAUGCAGUGGUGGCCAAGGAUGGGAGUGGACAAUAUAAAACCAUUGCUGCUGCUCUUGCCGCGUACCCAAAGAACAACAAGGGCAGAUACAUUAUCUACGUGAAGGCGGGGAUUUAUGACGAAUAUAUUACCGUUAAUAACGACCAAGUCAACAUCUUCAUGUAUGGAGAUGGACCCCGAAAGACUAUGGUCACUGGUAAAAAAAGCAAUACUGGAGGCUACCCAACCUUCAGGACUGCCUCCUUUAGUGUAAUGGGAAAUGGGUUCGUAGGCAAGUCAAUGGGAUUUCAAAACCAAGCUGGCCCUGAAGGACAUCAGGCGGUGGCUCUCCGAGUCCAGUCUGAUAUGGCUGCCUUCUACAACUGCAGAAUGGAUGGGUACCAAGACACAUUGUACGUCCAAACACAUCGCCAAUUCUAUCGCAACUGCGUCAUCUCUGGUACCGUAGAUUUCAUCUUUGGCGAUUCCUCUACAAUCAUCCAGAACUCUCUCAUCAUCGUAAGGAAGCCCAUGGACAACCAGCAAAACACGGUGACUGCUCACGGAAGAACAAGUGCAAAAGAGCCCACUGGUCUAGUCAUCCAAAACUGCCGGAUUGUCCCCGAAGACAAGCUCUUCCCUCUAAGAUUCAAAAUUCCAAGCUACUUGGGCCGGCCAUGGAAGGAGUACUCGAGAACUGUCGUCAUGGAAUCAACAUUGGGAGAUUUUAUCCAACCAGCAGGAUGGAUGCCUUGGGCCGGGAACUUUGCUCUCAACACCUUGUAUUACGCUGAGUAUGCAAACCGAGGCCCUGGUGCUAAUACGGCCAAGAGGGUCAACUGGAAAGGUUUCAAGGUGAUCACAAACAAAAACGAGGCUAUGCAAUUCACAGUCGCUCCAUUUAUCCAAGGACAACAGUGGCUGCCAGCAACCGGUUCACCAUUCUUCGUUGGCAUGAAAAAGUAAUCAUUAAAUUACACACUACUUAUUGAAUACAAACCAAACAUUAUAAUGCUACUAUUCGUCCUCCAUGAUGAGUACGUAGUACGUACAUACAUGAAGAAUUAAACAACUCCAAUUUUUAACAUAGAAACACUCAUAUUUUUUCUUUUUUAUAUGAAGGGGGAUAUGAGAGGAUGGCAUCCAAUCGCCGUCCCCACCUUAAUUAUAAUGGAAGUUGUGACUCUGUGUAUGCUAUCCUAUCCUACUGGACACUAGUCCAUGUAAUUUUUCCCAAGAUUAAUGCAAUAUAUGAUUUUUUUUGUUUUCUUC